AUGGCUAUCAAUGAUCCCGAACACAAAGAGGAGGAGGAAGCCGCUGCUGCUGAUGACGAAGACACCGGGGCUCAGGUUACUCCGAUCGGCAGGCUUAAAGCAGUCGAGCAUCUUCGAUCCUCAACUAUAAUGGCUAUCAAUGAUCCCGAACACAAAGAGGGGGAGGAAUCCGCUGCUGACGACGAAGACACCAGGGCUCAGGUUGUUGAUGGCGUAAGUAAGGUAAAAGACGGAUAUAACCCUGCUACAUGGAUGUUGGAAGUUAGUACUUCAGCUCAAGAACUUACACUCGGAGGUGAUAUUUCGUACGAGCAGUUUCUUACAGAUAGCAAGGGUAUCCUUGAAUCACUAAGGAAGAGAGCACACAUGAUGACAGAUGAAUUCAAUAGUUGCAAAAGUGUUGUUUGUAAUUUCACAGAAGGCGCCAUGUAUUCAUUCCCACAAAUAAAACUACCCCCAAAAGCAAUUGAAGCUGCAACAAGUGCUGGAAAAGUUCCUGAUGUUUUCUAUUGCCUCAAGCUCUUGGAAGCCAUUGGCAUUUCUACUGUCCCUGGUUUAGGCUUUGGCCAAAAAGACGGGUAG